UUGGAACAGCAUUAAACAUCUCCAAACAAGUGCAGCCUUUUCCGACCUGACAUCCAACCAAUUCUAAUCAAUUGGUCCUGGGUCGCAUGUAAUGCAGCAGAGAGUCAGAGAGAAUCUGAAGCCGCUGUAACCAUGCCUCCUCGAGUGCGCGGUGCAUCGACGCCGCUGGCUGGCCUCGAUGCCACCAUUUCCCUCUCCACGAGGACCUCCUCGUCUCCGUUCCUCCGAACCUUCUCGACAACGCCAUGCCGCGAAAAGAUGAGCAAAGGUCGUGCGCAGAUGUUCGAGUGGUUGAACUCAGGCAAUGGCAGAAAUCUCGCCGAGCCUGGCAACGGUCCUAAUUACCUCGGUCCUCACAAUGAUCAGCCUUUUCCUCUCAACCCCCUCUUCCGAAGUCAGCCUGUGCUCUCUGAUGCGACGAGGGAGAUCAUCUAUGAGAAGGUGACGGCGAAGGGCAUGUCUCUGAAGGCGGUGUCUGCUGAAAUGCACAUCGACGUGAGGAGAGUUGCUGCUGUUGUGCGACUGAAGGAGGUUGAGAAGCAAUGGCUCUCCGAAGGCAAGCAAUUAGCAACACCUUACGCCAAGGCAGUUAUGAAGAUGCUACCCAAGACACAUUACAAUGAAGGCGAGGAGAAUAUACCUCACGAGCCUAUCAACGAGAUUCACGUACACAACCUUACUCUGCAACAACUAUUCACACCAGUGUCUGAAUCCCGCCACUUCACAAGAGAAGACGCCGCCAAGGCCUUCCACGACAACAUGCUCUCCGCCGAUCAGCGAUCACCUCAACCCGAGCUCAUCAAGAUGGAGCAAGACAUCAUCAAGGGCACUGCACGACCAGAGGCAGUAGCCAAGUUCCAGGCAGUCACACAGGCAGACGAGGACAGAGUAGCCAAGAAGAUUCUGAACGAGCGCAGGCGUGAGGAGGAGCGAACGAAGCGCGUCAAGACAGAUCGCUACGAGUUCCGAUUUAAGGAGAUCAACGUUGAUGAUGUUGGUCGUGAUGGUCGAUCAAGGAAAGGUACUGGUUGGCGGUAUGGUGCGCCGUUCGAGGACCGCAAGCGUGGGUUGGUCAAGAUUCCUACGUCAGUGCCUUGAAGUGUAUGAAUAUUUAUGGGAUAUGGGGUGGCGAAACUGUACUAUACGAAUACCAACGCCAUGUAUUAAUUAGACAUGGACUGUAUACUCGUCCAGAGAUGAUGAAUAGCGCUUGCAUUUUUGUAUGUGAUCCUCUAUAAACAUGCUCAACCUGUGCCAUUGACGUUGAUGUUCAUCAUAGUCCUGAGUCGUCAUUCAUAACUCAUCGACACUACUGCCUGCUCUCCUCGGGCACGAUCAAGUUCUUUCGAAUCUGCUCAAGAUCCUCCACUGUCAGACCACAGUUCUUUACCACAUACUCCUCGACAGAGCCAUGUUGUUUACGAAGUGCUUCCAAAGCAGCAAGCAUGUUCUCGGGCUUGGCUCCCAGUAAUCGUUGAGCACCUUCGGGGUUGGCUCUCAGUUCAGGACUCUUCAUCACAGCAGCAAGAAGCUCCUCACGAAAGUCACCAAGGCCAACCUCAGUCAAACCAUACUCAUGAGCAAUAGUGCCUUCAUCCACGCCGCAUAUAGACAAGAUGAAAGCGCAGACUACACCAGUUCUAUCCUUGCCUGCAGUGCAGUGGAUGAGUAGGGGUGAAGGAUCCGGUCUGGCAAGAUGUGAGAGAAUAGUGUUGAUAGAAUCCGUUCCCGUCUCCCAAAUUCCCCGAUACGCCUCAACAAAUCCCUGACUCCCUUCGGCGGUGUAAUUCCGAAAGCGCAAUGCAAUAGCCUCCGGACCGUAAUCCUCGUCUAAGAACACCGGAGUAAAGACCCGUUGGGCGCCGGGCCACUCUCGGGUUCCUGUAGCGUAGCGCUCGAUCUCAGUUCGCGAGCGCAGGUCGUAGACGUGUGAGAUCUUGAGGUCCUGUAGCGCCGAGACGCCGUCUUCGGUGAGACGGGAUGGCUCUGCUGAGCGGAAGAUGAGGCCGGAUCUGAUUGUGUAUCCGGGGCGGGACUUUAUAGGCAACGGAUGGCCCCCGAGAUCUCGGAAGUUUGCGACGCCGGCGAUGGGAUGGAAAGGAGGGCCGAGGUUUGCCAUGAUUUAGAUGUGGUAGAGUAGUUGGAUAGUGAUGAUUUUUGCUAAGAUCUAUUACAGGUAGAAUUAUUAUUGCAGUGGCCCAAGGCAGACCUUGUCAACAAGAGAGCCAGUUCACAUAUGGCGGUUGUUGGUGG